CUCUGUGACUCUCCACUUGCUUUCAAUCUGCGCACCUUUUGGUCUGCAAAAGUUCGGAUGGCAAUAAUCUUCAAUGUCUCGUUGGACUGACGAUUGGGAAACCCAUUCGCCUCAGUCUGGUGACGGGCAGACGUCACAGACGUCUUGGCGGUAUGAGAGUGAUGAAGCAAGUAACGACGUCAACGGCCGCCGCCAGCCAGAUCGGUCGGCACAGCUUGAUAGCUCUGAUGACUACUGGAGCGAGAGAUCUCAGCCGGUUGAUUUCUUGAGCCCAGGCAACACCGUGACUGUAGACGAGACAGAUGCCUCACCAGGCUUAGGACAAGACACUGAGGAUGCGGAGGUUCCUGCACUGCCCUCAAGCGUGGAGCAGGAGAUGGAUGAGUUGCUGGCAAGGUGCCGGGAAGCCGAACAAAGCAGCGGACCCUGGAGUCAGGCCAACAGUUUGUCCGUUUCCUCAACCACCAAACGUCCAGACAUGGUGUAUUUCGUGACCUUGCUGGAGCAGCGUGUGGCGUUGGCGCCCCCCUCUCCGCCGACGGCUGCACAAAGAGUGCCAAGGCGGAAGAGGCCAAAGCGGCACGGCUAUGUACUGAACUAUCAUAGCUGCCGGCAAGAAGCUCGAAUUGAUGAGGAGGUUUUGCUACAAAUGCACAGUGGUGCUAGCAGCCCUACUGCCCAACAGAAAGAAGAGGUGGCGGAGAAGGCCACCAAUCGGGCUUUAGCCUUGCCUCAUGUUCUGGAGCAGCUGCGGCCAGAGGUCCGCUCUUGGAGUCCUCUCCGCCAGAGCCCAGUGAAGAUGACGCCUGGAGGAGCCCCGAACGUAGCGUCCUGGCCAGGCACCAGCUCGACUUGGAUGGGAUCCUCUGAGCCUCCUGGGACUGCGGGCACUGCCUCCAGUGCCAGUGAUGCCCUCGAGGCAGAGACUAUCUUCAACAAUGGUCUUGCGAGUCCGAAAAGGGUUCGAGGCAUGUCGAAGGAGGCCCAUGCGGCUUCGCGGCGUACGAGCAGCAAGCCUCGGCAAGUCUUAGUGUUUCCGAUGAAGGAGCGAAAUAGGAGGAGACAUAAAUCGCCAGCACCCAAGCCAAAAGGCAAAGUGCUGUGGCUACCACCGCUGCGGCAGGUACCAGCCCCACAUGCUAGUGUCCUGCCGCUGGAGCGCCGCAAUCGCCUCCCAGACCCCGUGGAGCCGCCGAAAGAGGCUGAGGAAGCAGCUGACCUCAAAGCUUGAAAGGCUGAGCUCAUUGAGCAUCCGGCAGCGGCUCUAGUAGCAAGGGGUAGUCAAACCAUGUCAAGUCAGAGAUGCAAUCUUCAAAAACUGUCUUGAGGACGAGGGCUGUUGUUUUAGCUUUGAUGGGCUCUCAGAUCUGUACGUACGAGUCAACACGGCUCGUUUUCCUCAAAAUAUUGUACAAAUGGCAUUUGUUGCUGUCUACUUGGCUGAAAUUGGGCCAUAGUGAAUCGCCUGAUGGCCGUCAUGGCUGUACAGAGCCUCUUUUUGUCAGGUCCUGUAGCCAACUGGUAACCCAGAGGCUCCAUCUAGAAACAAGAUGCUGGAACAA